UAUGCAAGUCUAAAGAAAAAGAUUCAUAGGAGGAAAUUGGAAGAGCAACAACACAUUAGCCAAAUCUCUUGAAUUAGUUGACAGUGUUGUAAACAAAUUAGAGUUUGAUAAUUUGGAUGUUGUGGUUUCCCCAGUAUCUUUACAUAUUGUUCCAGUCCAAUAAGCAAUUAAGAACAAUGUUUAGGUAGCUCUUCAAAACAUUGGACAUAAAGGAUUUGGUGCAUUUACUGGUGAGCUCAGUUUUGAACACGUCAAAGAUCUUAAAAUUAAUUGGGUCAUCUUGGGACAUAGUGAAAGAAGAAGAACCCCAGAAAUUUAAGAGAGUGAAGAGUUUAUUGCAACGAAAGCUGCUUUAGCUAUAAACAAUGGAUUAUCUGUAAUAUUCUGUAUUGGUGAAACCAUUUAAGAAAUGGAAGGUAAAGAAACCUAAACUGUGUUGGAGAAACAAUUGAAUCCUUUAAUUGCUUAAGUAAAAGAUUGGAGCAAGGUUGUUGUUGCUUAUGAACCAGUUUGGGCUAUUGGAACAGGUAAUAUUAUAAAAUAAGAAUUUUAGGUAAGACAGCAACUCCAGAAUAUGCUGAGGAAAUCCAUGCAAACAUUAGAAAAUUACUUCCAGAUUAAUCAAUUAGAAUUUUGUAUGGUGGAUCUGUCACAAAGGACAAUGCAGCAGUUUUGAUUGGCUAACCUAAUAUUGAUGGCUUCUUAGUUGGAGGUGCUUCAUUAAAGGAAGAUUUCAUCCAUAUUGUUAAUGCUUGCAAAUGAGUU